CAGAGUUAUGAUGGAGCGAAUGUAAUGAGCGGCGAGCAUGGAGGCGUCCAGGCGAAAAUCAAGACUAUGUGUCCUCAGGCUACUUACUGUCACUGUUAUGCACACCGUCUGAAUCUGGCUCUCGUAGACUGCUGCAAAACUAUCCCAGUCGCUUACGAAUAUUUUUCACUUCUGAAUUCCCUUUACGUUUUCGUAUCUUCGUCGGCCGUUCACUGCGUACUUGAAUGUGUUCAGGAGAAUAUGAAGGAAAUCAAUUCCUCGUAUAAACCGGUUCAUCUUAAACGGUUAUCAGACACAAGGUGGACAUGUAGGGUAGACAGUGUAAGAGCUGUACACGACGGGUACAAAGCAAUCAUAGAGACUCUUCGUCGAGUUUCUGAGGGGAACAACAAGGAUCGUGCGGUGCAGUCCAAAGGAUUACUAAGUCAGAUUCAGUCUCUACAGUUCAUUGCUUGUACCGUCAUAUUUAAGAAAGCUCUCCUACUGACAAAGGGGGUUUCAGAUGUACUGCAGAGUAAGCAACUUGAUCUAGCUGCAGCCGUAGAUUUGGUAGAAACGGCAAUAGACACUUUGCUUGAAUGGAGAGAGGCGUCAUUUGAUUCAUCAUUGUGGAAGAAUCUAUGGAAUGAUAUCGAAGAACUGGCCAGAAACAACGAAGUGGACCUUGGUGAUCUUUCCCAGUCGAGGCGCCGCAAUCGAGUCAGCCAUCAGCCAACACGUCUAGAUGAGUACGUAAUAAUGGAAACGACCGGCAGGCAACCAGUUAUUUCAGAGGACGUCGAAACCUAUGUUAGAGUUUCCGUCUACUACGAAGUGCUUGACUCAAUCAUAGGAGAAAUGAAGCGCCGAUUUUCCCAUGAGACUCGUCCACUGAUAAGGGCAUGUAGCGCUUGCAUGCCUGGAUCAUCUUUUCUCAAUGCAACUACUAUGCAGCCAUUGAUUGUCCACUACAAGCUAAAUUUUGAGGACAUUUCUGUGCAAGCCGAAGAAUGCAAACGGUUUCUUGCAAGGAAGAAGGAUGUAAACUCUUUAUCUGACGUCUUACACCAUCUCUUGCCAGUCAAAGAGGCGUUUGUAGAGUUGUAUAAACUUCUGACCAUAGUGUUGACUAUGGGUGUGUCAACAGCAUCUUGCGAACGCUCGUUUUCGUGUCUGAAGAGGCUAAAAAGCUAUCUUCGGGCCGGUAUGGGUCAAGAUCGGUUAAACAGUAUGGCUUUGCUUGCAAUAGAGAGAGACCUCUCUGGAAAAAUAGACAUUGACGAAGCAAUUGAGUUAUUUGCUAGAAUAGACAAGAACAGGAGAAUUAAGUUACUAAAGUAGAUUGCUGUCUAUAGUGUAAAAACCGCACAGUGUGAGAGCUCUUCAGGAAGUACAAU